GAGACUGUUAUCUGGUCUGUUGAUGUUGGUUUAUACAGUCAGACGUUAAGCGUGAAGAGGGCAGUUGAGGUGCAAACAGAGGUCUAUUGGGGACUGCAAAGUGAAGACCGUUUCCAACACAUCAGCAAUCUGAUAUAGCUGUGUUAAAAAAGCAAAUCUUGAGGGUCACCUGAAAUCACCCAUUGCCCCAGUGACAAGGUGCAAAAAUGCAUCUGGGUCAGCAAAACCCUGUGGUGGAUGGCCUAUCCUUAAAGGAGCUGGGGGACAGUGUGCUGGUGGAGAUAGAGCCUCGGAGGAAAGGACUGCCAUUUCUCAAGCAUGUGGAGUACCGUAUUGUCAGCAAGUGUUUCCAGAUCCCGGUUCAGCGCAGGUAUGCUGAUUUUGAGGUGUUCCAUAGUCUACUACUGCAAAAGUUCAUUUACAGGAUGGUCCCGCCUCUGCCCCCCAAACGCAUCCUUAAAGGCGUUUUGAACUCAAUAUCAGACCGAGAGUUUAAUGAUAGUCGCCGCCGUGGUCUACAAAGGUUCAUGACCUUGGUGAUUAGACAUCCAGUCUUAGCAGGAGAUGAGUUGGUCAGCAUCUUCCUGUCAGCAAGCAGCGCAGAUGUUCAAAACAUGCUGCGUGAUGCGUAUAAAAAGACAGGUGAUGAGUAUCUUACCUCCCAAAUGAACUUGCACGGCAAGGUGUACCUACCUGAGGACAUACAGAACCAUGCUGCCACUAAUCGAGAGGUCAUUGCAAAUAUCCACAGCAGUUUUAAUAAACUCAGAGAUGUAGCUGAGCGGAUGGCUCAGCGCUCGCGGGAAAACUCAUCCGAUCUGCUUAUGUUUGGUAAAGACCUGAGUGAACUGGGCUCAGACACAUCAGACCUGCCAGUGAAUGCCACAAUGAGCAAAGCAUGGAAAACACAGAGGAAGUCACUUGUAGAGAUGUCAGGAGAAUUUGGUCUUCUUGCCGACAAAGCUGCACACCAGGGCAGCAGAGAGGAGGAUGAGGUGGUGGAGAAACUCAAUCUUCUCCUUGAACAGCUGCAGUCAUAUAAAGACUUGUGUAACCGUCAUGACAGCGGUGUGUUACUAGAGCAUCAGAGAGCAUUUGAAAAGCGCGGUGGGCCUGUGGCUACACACUUAAAGUACCAGAACAGCUUUGAGCAGUCAGAGUCUCGACUCACACAGCAGGAGAACACAAUUAUCACCAUGGAGAUGAGGGGAUAUUUCUCCCUUUUGUGUCUGCAUCAAGAAACCCAGCUGGUCUUCACUUAUCUGCCACUUGUGACUUCAAUACUGGGGACAUUUGUCCACUCACAAAUACAAGGGCACAAAGAGAUGGGUGAUGUGUGGGGUGACCUUCAUCCAAAACUGAAGGAUCUGUUUGAAAGUGCUAAUGAAGCCUCCUCUCGCUCUUCUUCUCAAACACACACCUCCAGAGGACAGAAGACUUGUGCCAUCAUUGGGCCUGCACAACCAGGACAGCAAAUAUGAGGGAAAUUAUCAGUACCCAAUAACUCUGUGUAUUGCUUCAUGUCUUGUGUUUUCCUUCUCUUGACUGUACAUGCUUUAACACCUUUCUUCAUGACUUUUCCACAGUGGCCUCAAAACAUAUUUGAACAUAUUAAGCACAACUAAACAUUCCAUUAGAUGCAAAAUUAAAAACUGUAUGCUAAUAAAUGAUGCAACUAAUCGCAUUUUUGUUUACCAUUUUUGCACAUACUUUUAAUCGAGCUUAUUGUAGUUAACUAAAACAAAACAAAAACAUUUUCUUUGUCUGAAAUAAAAUCAAUUUGAACUGAGA